GUCCGUAACAGUCAGUACCUCCCACAAGAAUGGCGUAUCAACAAAUUAUUCCAAAGUGUUUGUCACAGAAUAAUUUUAUAAAAAUGAUAUAAAUUUUUAAUUAAAUUACUCCUGAAAAAUAAAUUAUAAUUUAGUUAAGAAGUGACAACUAAUAUGACAGUAAAAAUAUUGACAAUCGAAUAUUGACAAUGAGUUCUCCGAUGUCAGUAAGUAGUGCUAGCUCUUCGACGGCACCAGGUAUGGAAACGGUGGUAGCUGUUGCACUAGGUGCAUUAGCAGCAGUAUUUCUCGGUGCUUUAUUUGUUUUACUGGUUAUAUGUCGCCGUCAACGUUUUUACUAUAAACAGAAAGACGCAGACUUGAACUCUGACUUGUUGGAGGUCGACAACGGAUGUACUUUGGGUCUUGAUGCCUGGGAAGGAGAAGAAUGGCUCGCUGGUGCUGAAAGGUGGGUUGACGAUGCUACUGGACUAGCUCCACCUUGUAUUGCUGUAUUACGGUCAUGUCAUUCACUUGCUGCGAGUCUUACAGCUAUCGCUGGUACUGUUAAUAGCAAUACUGUGCCCUUAGAAAUUGUCGAUGUUGCAAGAAGGAUACCACCGCGAGUGGACGACGUUGUUCGCAGUUUGUAUCCCCCAUUAGACGCCAGACUCCUAGAAGCACGCGUCGCAGCUCUGGUACUCGCAGUUACUCAUCUUGCUCUUGUUACCAAACACGGUGUACCUAAAAACCAAGCCAGAAAAUUAGCGUUCAUUGAUCAAGCUUUACAAGAUAUGGAUACUCAUCUUCUGGUUCUGAGAAAUGCUGCUCUAGCUCAAGAGAACACAAGUUCCAUUCCAGUAUCUACACCCGUUUGAUUAUAUACAUUUUACUAUUGAUAUAUUAUAUAUUAUAUAUUUUACAUUGACACAGUAUUCAAAGUAAUAUAUUUUUUUAUUCGUUGGUUAACGAAUCGAUUAAAAAAAUUGAUACAGAACAAAAUAGUGAUUGACAAAUUGUAUAUAUACAU